AUGUUUCGAAGAAGUGUGAUACUCCUUGGAGAUAUCGUGAAAAGCUCACAACACACAUUGAAAGCGCAACGAUGCGCUAGCAUCAGCGCGCAAUGUUUCAGUGCGACAGCACCAAAUGCCAACGAAGAUAUCAAAUUCGAGAUAAAAAGAGAUGGAAAGCGGCUGAAAGGUGCUGAAUAUGAGGAAGCCGUGCUCUCUGUGAUUCAGGGCGAAGACAAAUCGCUAAUUCCAAAGCCAGCGUUUGAUGUUCUUCUGAAAGAGUAUGAUACGCUGCUCGAUGAAGCUUUUGAAGCCACCGAUAAGUACAAGAGAUCGCUCGCCGAGACGGAGAAUGUUCGCCGACGUGGAAUCAAACAAACCGAAGACGCGAAAGUGUUCGCGAUCCAAGGAUUCUGCAAGGAUCUUUUGGAAGUCGCCGACAUUCUUGACAUCGCCGUGAAAUCAGUGAAAGACGAGGAUUUGUCCGCAGGUGGCAAACCAUUGAAGGAUCUGUUCGAAGGGGUCUCAAUGACUCGAACCGUCCUCCUCAAGACAUUCGAGAAGCAUGGUUUGGUCGCUGUCGAUCCAACUAACGAGAAAUUCGAUCCAAACAUGCAUGAGGCAGUUUUCCAGAUUCCUGCAGCUAACGCCAAGCAGAAGCCAGGAUUCAUCGAGGUUUGCACAAAGAUUGGAUUCACUCUCAAGGAUCGACCAGUUAGACCAGCACAAGUUGGAGUCGUCACCGAUUAA